GGCGGCGGGGCCGGGAGCGGGGCCGGGGCCGGGAGCGGGGCCCGCGGAGCCGGGGAAGCGGCGGCCCGCGGCCCGCGCAGCGAUGGGCGCCGGCGGAGGGUCGCCCGGGCAGGCCGCCUGCCUGCGGCAGAUCCUGCUGCUCCAGCUGGACCUGAUCGAGCAGCAGCAGCAGCAGCUGCAGGCCAAGGAGCGGCAGAUCGAGGAGCUCCGGGCCGAGCGCGACACGCUCCUGGCGCGGAUCGAGCGCAUGGAAAGGCGGGUGCAGCUGGUGAAGAAGGACAGCGAGCGGGAGAAGCACCGCAUCUUCCAGGGCUUUGAGGUGGAUGAGAAGCCUGAGGCAGAGGCCUGUGAGAAGCUGCCUCUGGAGUGUCCCCAGGAGCUGCUGGAGCCUCCCCCGAGCCUGCAGCCCAAGCACUUCCCCUACGGCAGGAACGGGAAGGGGCAUAAAAGGAAGCCAACAUUUGGGAGCGCAGAGAGGAAGACGCCUGUGAAAAAACUAGUGUCAGAAUUCUCCAAAGUGAAGAGUAAAACUCCAAAACACUCCCCGGGGAAGGAGGAAUCGGGUGGCUCCUUGGCUGAAACUGUUUGUAAACGAGAACUGCGGAGCCAAGAGACUCCGGAAAAAACCCGCUCGCUCCUGGAGACCCCGCUGAGAGCAUCAGCGCCACCCAAGGGUCCUGGCACCCACCCCAAGGAGAAAAGCUUUGUCAGUGAGGCCGACGACCUGCCCUACCUGUCCACCACAGAAAUGUACCUGUGCCGCUGGCACCAGCCGCCGCCGUCGCCGCUGCCGCUGCGGGAGCCUUCCCCCAAAAAGGAGGAGACUGUAGCAAUUCCGUCUUGGAGGGACCAUGUCGUGGAGCCCCUGAGAGACCCCAACCCCUCGGACCUCCUGGAGAACCUGGACGACAGCGUCUUCUCCAAACGGCACGCAAAGCUGGAGCUGGAUGAGAAACGAAGGAAAAGGUGGGACAUCCAGCGGAUCAGGGAACAGAGAAUCCUGCAGCGGCUGCAGCUCCGAAUGUACAAAAGGAAAGGGAUUCAGGAGUCGGAACCUGAAGUUACCUCAUUUUUCCCUGAGCCAGAUGAUGUGGAAAGUUUGCUCAUCACCCCUUACCUGCCCGUCGUCGCCUUUGGCCGGCCCUUGCCCAAACUGACCCCACAGAACUUCGAGCUGCCCUGGCUGGAUGAGCGCAGCCGCUGCCGGCUGGAGGUGCAGAAGAAGCAGACACCACACCGGACCUGCCGGAAAUAAGGGAGAUCCUGAGAGCUCCAAACACCUCCAGGAGCUCCAACCACCUCCAGGAGCUCCGUCCUCAGGAGCUCUGAACACCUCUAAGGCACCAGAAGUUCUGCCAUCAGCGGGUCACCACCAGCUGCUGACGGAUGGUUUCGUUCUUCUGCGAUCCCAAGUUUUGUUCGUUUGGGUUUUGGAACGUUUCCCGGACUCAUCCCCCGCACUGGCACCGCCUUCCCAGUGCCACCAGCCUGCGGCUCCUCUCCUGGGGGCAGUGGGUGGAUCCCAGCCCCAUCCUUGAGUCCCCUGUGUGCCACCCCUGCACUCCACAGCCCGUGGCCUUGGGAUCUGGGGCUCUCCUGUGUCCGGUGGGAACACGGGGAUGACCAGCACCAGAUCCCGUGUCUGGGGGUGCCACAUCCCCCGGGACUCACCCGCUGCUGCCUUCAUGUUGUGUUUAGUUAGAGAGCAGGAUAAACAGCGGAUUGUGUUGGAGCCAGCUGGGAACUGGGAAGCGCCUGGGAUUCUCUUUUGGGGAGGUUUUCCCCCCUCUUUGGUGGUUUUCCUCUCUCUGGAGUGGGGUUGGCGGGGGCAGAAGGGAGAGUUAAAAAAGCAAAAUUUUUUUUUUUUUUUUUGUGAAAUAGAAACCCUGUGCGCACAAUUUGGGGGGUUUUAAUGUUUUUUUAAAAAUGUAAUUUAAAUGUUUUGAGGCGGGUGAGGGGUUUGCUGUGAGGGGGGGCCAUUAUUGCCUGUCCGAGCCCCUGGGUGCUGCUGGACCCUCUUGGUGCUGGAUGGGUGGGGAGGGGGCUCCAAGGGUGGGGGCUCCAUGAGUCCCUUUUCCUCUUUUUUUCUCCUUACCUCCCUUUUUCCUCCUAUCUCCCACCUUUUUCCUCCUAUCUCCCCCUUUUUCCUCACCUUUCCCCCCUUUUUCCACAUUUUUCCCCAUUUUUUUCCCCCCUACACUGAGCCUGUGCCCCCCCAGUCUUAUCCCCCCCUUGCCCCCCUCUCUAUAAUUAACCCCGAGCUUAUUGAACGCCGGAAAACUCGUUUACGAAAAGAAAAAAAAAAUUAGCAAAAAAAAAACUUUAAGAAAAACAAACUUUAAAAAAAAAAAAAAACUUAAAAACCCGGAAAUUGUUAAAAAAAAAUCGAUAAAGUUCUAAAACCGCCGAGUUCUAAACAAACGUUACGGGGAGGGGGUGGGGUCACUCGCGGACACGCCCGCUCGUUGGUUUUAUUUUAUUAUUUUUUAUUGCUUUUCGUUGUUGGUUAUAUAUUUUUGUUUUUGGUUGGAUUUUUUUUUUUUUUUACAAUAAACAAGGAAAAGGCC